UGGUAAAAGUCUCGCGAGAACGUGAUCACUUCCUCUUUGUGUGGAACCAGCGUCCAAGAUGUCGCUUGUCAUUCCAGAGAAGUUCCAGCACAUUCUCCGUGUCCUCAACACCAACAUUGAUGGUAGGCGUAAAAUCGCAUUCGCCAUCACUGCCAUCAAGGGUGUUGGAAGACGAUACGCUCAUGUGGUCUUGAGGAAAGCUGAUAUUGACCUGAGUAAGAGAGCAGGAGAACUCACUGAAGAUGAGGUUGAGAGAGUCGUGACCAUUAUGCAGAACCCUCGCCAGUACAAAAUCCCUGACUGGUUCCUCAACAGACAGAAGGAUAUUAAAGAUGGAAAAUACAGUCAGGUUCUUGCUAACGGUCUGGACAACAAACUGAGAGAAGAUCUGGAGAGACUGAAGAAGAUCAGAGCUCACCGUGGUCUUCGCCACUUCUGGGGUCUGCGUGUGCGUGGUCAGCACACCAAGACCACUGGACGUCGUGGUCGUACUGUGGGUGUGUCCAAGAAGAAGUAAACUUACAAUAAAAGUCAUGAGUUCA